AUGGUUAUUUUAUUGAAGGAAAAACUCGCUCAUGUUGAUGAUGAGACACUUGAUCGUAUCUGCCGAAUCAAGGGACUGUGUUCUUAGGGUCCUCGUGAUACCCUAAUCCAACGUUUAGUUCAGCAUAAGUUCUACAACCGAGCCAACCCCGAUGUCUCACUUGAACAGGUGUCCAAAUUUGUUCAAGUUUAUCGCUACAUUGUUGAUAAGGUAUUUAUGAUCUAUACUAUCAUCUAAUCAAAGGAUCAAUAAACUAUAAUUUCAUCCUAGAAGUAAUCAUUUACCACAUAAAUUCAAAUGCUGCAAGAGUUUCUCAAACUGAUACAAAAGAGAUACAAGAACAUCAUAAGCAAAGAAGGAGAGGAAAUAGACGCAGUUGACGAAAGAAUCUAUGAGUUCAAUAAACAUAUUGAAAUCUAAAGAGCUGAGCGAAAUCUCUAUUUAAAUAUAGAUGGCAGAGAUCUUACUGAAGAAGAUAUCAAAACGAUUGAAGAUAAAAAGGUUCAAGUUGUAACCAAUUAUGAACUGACCUAUCUACAACCUAAACCUCCUUUGCCUCCAGUUCCAACCGAUCCCAUUGAAGUAACACUACCACUUAUCUCUUAGAUUGAAGUCUAAUAAUAUAGAGAUAUUCUAUUUUAAAGUGGCUUAUAUGAUCCUUUUAAAAUAGAGGAAUUCGCUAAGUCAAAAAGAGCCUAAUUGAUCAAGGCUGAUCUAUUGAAAAAGGAGAGGGAGAAACAAUUACUACUGAAAUAACAAUAAGAACAGAGAGAGAGGGAAAAGGAAAGACAAUGGGAGAGAGAAAAAGAGAAAGAGAGAGAGAGGGAACGAGAAAAAGAAAAGGAGCGAGAAAGAGAAAGAGAGAGAGAAAAAGAAAGAUAGAGACAUCAUAGUAAUUUGGUUUAAUUCUAUAGCCUCCUAGAUCGUGUUAAUAAAAGAAGCAGUGCCAGUUCUGAAUCAGAUAAGAGGAAUUAGAGGAAAAGAUUUGAUACAAAACAUGAUCAAAAGUAUGAUCAAAAAUAUGACUAAAAACAUGAUUCUAAACAUUAUAAGAGGAGAUCCAGAUCAAGAAGCAAUUCAAGAAAAAAGAAGACUCAAAAUAAAAAGAGAUGA